CGAGACUCUGAAAUCUCUUGCCAAAUACAAGGGAUACAAAGCUUCAUCUACGGUUCGAAGAAAAUAACGAAAUUGGAACCAAAAUGUGGCAGAGCCUCGCUCGACCCAAUUAUUUUGUCAUCAGAAAUUGGUGUUCAAAUAUGGUGUCACAUCCUUUCCCUUCUUCCACCAAUUUAACCAUCAUCAGUGUAUCGAGUACAGCCGAUCAUUUUUGAAGGAUAUAUUGAGCACUGUUCUCAGCCCACAGGAAUCGGGAUGCGUGAACUACUUCGGGACACAGCCUUUGGGAAGCUCGUUCGUAUUGCAAGCAGCAACUGGCUUCUACCCUAUCCCGAGGAAUGUGACUCUUCCAUCGCCUCAGAUUACUCCGAUAGCGCUACGGAAGCCGGAGCCCUAGAACCAAAUGCAAGCAUUCUAGAGCCCAAUGGUUUAGAGACUAUCAUGUCUCAGGCCUCCGGUCGGUCGCGUCGAGGCUCCAUCUACACGUCCGGCCACGGGAACGAAAAGUCCAUCAUUAAUCCUCAGAACUGGGGCUUUGGGAAGAAGCUCUUCGUCAGCUCACUUAUCUGGCUGUUGACCUUUGCCAUAUACAUUGGCUCGGCCAUCUACAGUCCCGGCAUCCCCGGGGUAGCGGAAGAGUUUGGGGUGAGCACUGUGGCCUCGACAUUAGGUCUAACACUGUUUGUGCUAGGGUAUGGAAUCGGUCCCAUGAUCUGGUCGCCUCUCUCCGAGCUUCCGACCGUUGGCAGAAGUCCUGUCUACAUCCUCACGCUCUUCGUGUUUGUCUUCCUGAAUUUCGGCGUUGUCUACGCGAAGAACUUUGGCAUACUUCUUACAUUUCGCUUCCUUACUGGGUUUAUUGGAUCUCCGGCCCUGGCGACGGGCGGCGCAUCUAUGGGCGAUAUCUGGUCGCCCCGAGCGCGCGACUAUAUGAUUGUGGUCUGGGGCGCUUUCGCCAUUGCAGCACCAGUCCUAGGUCCUAUGGUUGGCGGGUUUGCCUCGUCGGCCAAAGGCUGGACGUGGACUGUUUGGCAGUUGAUUUGGGUCUCUGGUUUUGCGCUGGUCGUCUUGUUCUUCUGGCUGCCCGAGACGUAUGGACCAAACAUUCUCUAUCGACGAGCGCGUCGACUGCGCAAACUCAGUGGAAAGCCGUUCUAUUGCGAAGCGGAGCUGGAAUUUCAAAGCAUCUCAUCCACGGAGAUCCUUUUCGAAGCCCUUGUCCGCCCGUUCCAACUCUGCUUUCUCGAACCCAUCGUCCUCGUGAUGAACAUAUAUAUUUCUCUUGUCUACGGCAUCCUCUACAUAUGGUUCGAGGCCUUCCCCAUCGUCUUCGAGGAGAUCCAUGGCUUCAACGCCGGUGAAGGCGGUAUGGCCUUCCUAGGAAUCAUCACCGGAACCCUCUGCUUCGCCAUCCCCGGCUACUUCGCCUGGAAGUACUUCAUCCAAUCCAAGCAACCCACCAGCACGCCCGAAGGGCAGCUGCCACCGGCAAUCGUUGGCAGUAUCUGCCUUCCUGUAUCGCUGUUCUGGUUUGGGUGGACCGGCAACUUCGAUUCCGUACACUGGAUCGUGCCCAUCAUGGCCUCGGCUCUCUUCUCGGUGGGUGGGUGUUUGAUCUUCAACCCGAUUUUCUGUUAUCUGGCCCAUGCCUACCCGCGCUAUGCCGCUUCGGUGCUGGCGGGCAAUGACUUUAUGCGGUCGUCCUUUGGGGCUGGCUUCCCACUGUUUGCGGCUGCCAUGUUCCAUAACCUGGGCGUCGGGUGGGCGUGUACGUUGCUUGGAUGUCUGACUUGUCUUUUCGUGCCGUUCCCCUUCGUGCUUUACUGGCGGGGGAAACAGUUGCGGUUGCGGAGCGGGUUCGCCAGGCAUGAUAUCUGACCCAGUUUCAUGUUCAUGGGGUCGCG